UCUCGAGAUAUACUACAACUACCGGCCCCUUUUCUUCAAACUUUGACUAUGGAUAUUUCUCAGCUUAUUGAGUCUAUUGACUCGGUCACUGCUUCCGGCAACCUUGAAACUGUCGACCCGCAACAGCGAGCUGAACUUUACGAAGCUUGCAAUCGAUUGAAGAGCCAAUGUGAAUCUCCUGUGGACAAGACACUCAAGCUUCUUUACACUUGCCACCAAGCGAUCGCAGUUCGUCUCGCUGUAGAUCUUAAGCUCUUCGAUGCAAUCGCCAAGCGCACCUCUGAAUGUGAAGAUGGCAAAGUGCGUGUGGGCCAGCUUUCGGAAGAUGUGAAGGCAGAUCCAAAAUUAGUUCAGAGGAUUAUGAAGUCGCUUGUACCAUUGGAUAUUCUCAAGCAGCACACCUCCGAUACUUUCUCAACCACACGAUUUACAGAAGCCUAUGUUUCGAGUAGUUGGAUGUCCGGAGCAGUGAUCUUUUUCACUCACUUAUUUCUGUUCGUCGCCCGGCUUCCCGAGUAUUUCAAGGAGAAAGGAUGGAAAAACCCAGAUGAUAUCGAGGACUCACCAUUCAACUUCGUACUCGGGUCCAAGCGUGGAUAUUUCGAUUACAUGUCCUCGAAUCCCUAUUACGACAAUGCCUUCCACGCAGUCAUGGCCUCGCCCUACCGUCGCGACGAGAAAAGCUGGAUGGAUUUCUACCCAGUUGAGGAAAAGCUACGCGUGCAGAGUGCUUCCGACGUUGUUCUUGUGGACGUCGGAGGCGGUCGGGGUAAGGAUCUCCAGAUCUUCCGCGAGCGCUUCCCUGAUUUGAAGGGAAGGCUUGUUCUCCAGGACUUGUCACAUGUGGCCGAGGCCGCGGAUACCUCGUCUCAAAUCGAGACCCAAGCUCAUAACUUCUUCGAUGAACAGCCUGUCAAAGGCGCAAAGGCGUAUUACCUUCGCACUGUUCUCCACGACUGGCCAGACAAGCAGGCCGUGGAGAUUCUAUCCAGGCUUCGUGAAGCCAUGGGUCCCGACUCUUUGGUCUUGAUUCACGAGAAGGCUAUGCCGGAAACUAAUAUCCCAUGGAUGGCUGCGAUCGGUGAUAUGACUAUGAUGACUGCUUUCUCGGCAAGGGAACGAACCAAGAAUGAGUGGGAGACUCUAUUGAACCUGGCUAAACUGAAGCUUACUGGGUUUUGGAAACCCGAUGGGACUUCUGAUCAGCAACAGGUUAUCAUAGAGGGUAGAGUCCAUUCGUGUGAGAAUUGUUAG